AUGUCCUCGAAUCCAAGGGGAACCAAGCGCUCUGCCGACUCGGCUCCCGAGGGCGGCCACAAGUUCAAGUCUUCCAAGCCCGCCUUCAACAAGGGCGGUGACAAGCCUUCGUUCAACAAGGGUGGCAAGCCUUCGUUCAACAAGGGCGGCAAGCCUGCGUUCAACAACUACAAGGGCAAGGCUCCCGCGCACCACCAGGGCGGCAACAAGCCGUUUGGCAAGAAGCCCUUUACUCCCAAGGAGGAUGCCGAGCCCCCCGUGGCCCGCCGUAAGCGUCCUGUGACCCAGGGCGGAGGCGAGGACGACGCCAUGUCCGUUGACGAGGACGAGGGUGACGACAUGGGCGGCGACGACAUGGACGUGGAUGGCGGCGACGAGCAGGGUGUCGGCGGCGACAUGGAGAAGAGGCCCAAGAUGUCCAAGGAGGAACGCGCGGCCUUGCACGCCGCCAACCCUCACCGCACGUCGCUGUUGCCGAGCCACGCCCUCCUCACCAACACUCUCCUGCCCCUGUGGGAGACUGCUCGCCAGACUGAGAUGCCCAAGGAGGAGCGCAAGAAGGCGAUCGCAGAGCUGUACGAGGCCGUCAAGGGCCAUGCCCUCGAGAUUUCGCGCGGACACAAGGGUGGUCGUAUUCUCCAGACUAUUGUCAAGUACGGUGGCAAGGAGGAGCGUCUUGGUGUGGCGAUGGAGCUUGAGCCUCAGUGGCGCGACAUGAUGGAGUCCAAGUACUCCAAGUUCCUCAUGGGCAAGCUCAUCCGCUACUGCCCUACCAUCCGCCCCCUCCUCAUCCCCCACAUUGCUGGCCGCCUCCCCCAGCUCCUGUUCCACGCCCACGCCAUCGACCCCAUUGCCGACUUUUACGACCUGUGGGCCUCGGCCAAGGAGCGCCGCAUGCUCGUCCGCGGUUUCUACCCUCGCGAGGUUGCCCUCUUUGACGGUGGCAAGGAGACUGGCGACGUUGUCGGUCUCGAGGGUACCCUCGAGGCUACUGGCGAGGCCAGCCGCGCCCGUGUCCUCGAGGCCGUUGAGAAGACUGUUCUCGACGUCUUCAACGCUACCCAGAAGACUGCGCUUGCCCAGUCCAUCUUCCACCGCCUUGUCUCCGAGUACCUCACCUGCACCUACCGCUUCCUUGACGCCGCUACUGCCGAGGCCAAGAAGAACGAGCUCUUGGCAGCUUCGCUCGAGUCGCUGCCCGAGAUUGUCCACACCAAGGACGGUUCGGCGGUUGUCCGCGAGCUCAUUGUCCGUGGCAACGCCAAGGACCGUAAGCAGAUUCUCCAGCACCUCCGCAAGCACAUUGAGGCCAUGUGCAAGGACGCCGACGCCCAGAUGGUCCUCUUCACCGCCUUUGACUGUGUUGACGACACCAAGCUCAUGGGCAAGGCGUUUGUUGCCGACAUUGUCGGCCUGGCGCCCACCCUCGCCUUUGACAAGAACGGUCGUCGUGCCCUCCUGUACCUCCUCACCCCCACGGCCUCGAGGCACUUUAUGCCCUCGACCCUCACCGCCCUCGCUGCCGCUGCCCAGGGCGCCCGCGACGCCGGCACUUCCAAGAAGGACCCCGCCGUCCGUCGCAAGGAGAUUCUCACCGCCGCCUCGGUUGGUCUCCUCGAGUUUGUCGCUGAGAAGGCUACAGAGCUCGUCGCCGACCCCGGAGCCGGCCUCAUGGUCCAGGAGAUCAUGCUCUCGGCCGAGGGCGACAAGGCCGCCGCCGUCGCUGCGCUCGCCACCCCCCUUGCGGCCCCGUACACCGCCGACGGCACCCACCCGCUCGAGCUGGCCCACGCCACCCGCACGUACAAGACCCUCCUGUCCGGCGGCCACUUCAACAUGUCCACCAAGACCGUCGUCGUCGCCGACGCGGCGCUGUCGCCGCUCUUCGCUUCGGCCGUGUGGAACACCGUCUCGUCCGACGACGCCGGCGGUGCCACCAACGCCAUCAAGCUCGCUGCUGCCGCGCCGUUUGUCGCUGUCGAGCUCCUCGAGGCCCUGAAACGCUCCGCCUCGGCCUCGACCGAGUUUGCCGCUGCCAAAAAGGUCCUCUCGUCGGCCGACGCCCGCGACACCAUUGCCCAGAGCGAGAUGAAGGGCGCCAACGUCCUCGCUGAGCGUAUUGCCGCUCUCUAG